UUAGCAUUGCUUUUCCCGAAGGAGGUCUGUUAUCAAAAGUAUGGUUGCUUUAAACCUCAUCCAAACCCUCUGGUAAAGCAACCACAGAGCCCAUCCCAGAUUGGAGUACGAUUCAAUCUCUUUACAAGGGAAAAUAGGAAUUCAGCAACGCUCAUUGAUGAUGAAAAUGAAUCUAAGCUCACUGCCUCUCACUUCAUUAUUUCAAGACCACUGACAAUUUUCGUGAUCCACGGAUUUACAGGUAAGAGCGAGAGCCAGGAGACUGAGAAACAAGUCGGUCACAGCCUAAUUACUUUUUUUAGGCUAGUUAGGGUUGUAUUUUUCGUGCUAGAAAUCUCUAAACUAAUCAGAAUCUGAGCAGUGCUUCUGAUUGUUCGUGCAGCGAGAAAAAUUUGCUUCAACCAAUCACAAGCACUACCCAGCUUUGGGAGGUUGCAAGUCAUUAUUAUGGAUUUCUGUAGUCGUUCACAGACGUCUUUCGCGGGGAAACCGGUGCGGCGUCGUCGCGAAACGUUGGCUGUUUUCUUAGGCUAUACAAUAAUGUCAAAACGAGAGACAGAUUUUGUGUAGACCUAGAUUUGUAAAAAUCUUUAGAACAGUAAACCGAACGAUCGGACAAAUGCCGCUCUUUACCAUUUAACUUUUUUUUAUAUUCUUCUCACUCUUCAUGGAGCAAGGAUCAGUUCAUUUUUUGCCGCCUAACUAAGUAUAUAAGCUUUAGCCACAGACUUUCGGUGACUGACUCAUAAUUACUGCACAGAAAACAUUAACACCUGGGCCACAGAGAUGAAAAAUGCUCUGCUACGACGCGAAGACUGCAAUGUGAUUUUGGUGGACUGGUCUAAAGGGGCUAAAGGACCGAAUUACCUCCAGGCAGCCGGGAACACACGGCUUGUGGGUGCUCAGACAGCCGAGCUUAUAAGGUUCAUGAUUUCGAGUAGCCCUGGAUCAGUCGGUUCGAUCGAUCGUUUCUACAUUGUGGGGUUCAGUCUUGGAGCUCAAGCAGCGGGAUAUGCUGGAAGCUAUUUGAAGGAUAAGGGAAUGAAACUGGGUCGUAUUACUGGUAAGGACUAACCUAAAAGCAAAUUUUACCAAACUGUUUAUAUUCAUUUGUCGGUUUAUCCAAUACUCAACAGCAAGGUCAAUAUUACAGCCACUUGUCACCUACUUUAUUUUAUUUUUCCUGGGAGUUCUCCUGAUUUUUCCUAAGGCAUAACUACUAUAACAGCUGUUGCUGCUAUUACUACCUAGCCACUGCUAAGUUUUGCUACCACUUCCAUUAACAUUACCACCACCAUUAUCACUACCACUACCAUUAUCACCACCAUUAUCACUUUCACUGCCACUACCAUUACCACCACCAUUUUCACUAUCACUGCCACUACCACUAACACUACCACUAACACUAACACUACCGCUACCACCACCAUUAUCACUAUCACUGCCACUACCAGUAUCACUUACCACUACCAAUACCACCACCAUUAUCACUACCACUACCACUGCCAAUAACACUAUAUCACUACCAUUACCAUUACCACCAUCAUUAUCGCUACCACCACCAAUACCACUAGCACUAUCAUUACCACCACGAGAUUAUCACUAUCACUGCCACUACCACUAACGCUACAUUACCACCAUUAUUACCACUUCCACUACCACUACCAUUACCAUUAGCACCACCAUUACCACCACCACCACUACCGCUACCACCAGCAUUACUGUCACCACUACCACUUUCACAGCCGACUACCACUACCAUUACCAACACCAUUACCACUAUCACAGCCACUAUGACUAUCAUAACCACCUCUAUUUUUAGUACCACCACCGCUACCACUGCGUUCACCAUUACUACUUCCACUAUCAGUUCCACAACUUUGCUUCUGUUCUUAUCAACUUGACUGUUAUAUUAUUCUUUUCUGGUGGGAUGACAGGUUUGGAUCCUGCCGGUCCUAAGUUUACAAACGAGGAAAAAGACUUUCGACUUGAUGAAAGUGACGCCAGCUAUGUCGACGUGAUUCACACCAAUGCAGGAGUUUUGGGAACAAACCAGAGGGUUGGAGACAUCGACUUUUAUCCAAAUGGUGGCAAACAUCAGCCCGGAUGUCUAGUCAAUGGUAGGUUAAAAAAGGGAAUUUUCAAAAUUUUACAUGAGUUGUCUUCGAGGUGCUCCAAUUUAAGCUUUUAUUUUAAAGCGACACUGAAAAUGGCACUUUCUUGUCAUGCAAAUAAAUCUCAUUUAUAUCACAAGAAAGGUUUUGCUCUUGCAUUUUCGUGGAUAGCGAGGGGUUAUUGAACUCGCAAAUAGCAUAUGCUGUAUAAUAGAUUAAUUAAAAUCUUAUGUGAAAUCUAUGUUUCUUUGAUUUUGCCGGUUUUCCCCCUUAAAUCGUCCUUUAUACACGAAAAAGCACCGCGAGGGCGCUUAUUGAAUUUUUUUGGCUUCUCGGCUUCUUGGGGGUGGCUGUCACAUAAAUCUUUCAUUUUGGAAAUAUCACUACUGUUCUUCAUUUCCUUAGAAAAUUUUUUAAAAUUUUAUUUUAUCCUUUGCUCUUCCUAAAGCUUCUUAAGAAAGAUGUGAACCGCGAAAGAAACCUCAACUAAGUCAUGUAAACUUUUUCUUAAAAAAGACAACAAUACACCCAUCUUUAUUGUUUAUGAAGUGAAUUUAGGCCAAGCAUACAUAUUUUGCAUUCGAUCUUCAGAAUUUACUUUCCUACUUAUUUCAAAUUUCAGAUGAUCAUCGCAUUUAUAGACGCAACUGUAGUAGUUGCGUAAAGAGAGCCUGAAAAAAUUCAGAUCAAUUCAUGAAAUUAAAGGUUCGAAUCCUUCAUCAAGUACAACGGACUCCAUACUGAAUAUUUUCAGGCUUCAUCGCAAUUAAAAAAAAACUAACUUAUUUUGACGAUAAUGCAAAAAACGUGUCUUUUUAAAAUUCUAGGUACUAGUGUUUUUUCUUAUUGUUCAGCCUUGUAAAAUUCAGUUCCUAUAUAGGAUUUUAAUUAGCUAGCUAGUUACUUAGUUAUUUCGUUAGUCAGUUUCGUUAGUCGGAUGUACACGCAAAUUCAUACCCCCACGGUGGUACAAAGGGGGGGAGGGGGGGUAUGGAACCCCUCCCAGGAGAUUUUGACAUGUUGCAGUAUUGUAAAACGAUUUUACCUUUUGUGGAAAGCCUUUGAUCUUCUUAACAAGAUGAGGUAUAUUUUAGGGGUGGUGGCGCUGCCGGAGGCCUGUGACGUCAUCAACAAUGGUUGGCCGCCAUCUUGGAUUUUACCAAGAAGUAGAAAUCAGGUUAAAACCGCGAGAAAUGGUAAUUUUUUGUGCUUUACAUGAAAAAUAACACAUAAAUAAGCACUUUGUAUGAUUUUAGCCACAAGGUUUACUUUUAUUGUUGAAAGAAGUGGAAACAACAUGUAUUUUCACCCAAAAUUGGCUUGAACGCCUGCUACUUAUGACGUCACAGCUCGUAACCAUAGCAACUGACCAUCACUAAACUUGUCUCAAAAUGUGUGCGAGGGAUAAAUAAACAGCUACUAAAAACGUCAACUACUGAUGUUUUAUCCUCUAGGAAAAACUCAGAAAAACCUUGUGCCCUCCCCCCCUUAGACGUCCGAGGGUUAAUAGACAAGUCAAUUAGCUUGUUAGUUAGUUAGUUAGUAAGAUACUUAGAUGGAUAGUUACUUACUUACUUACUUACGUUCUCAAAACAUAAAAGUGGCAAAAACAGUGAAAAUAAAAAAAAAAGCGCCGCAUUGUUGCUGGGAAGGUGGGGUUUUUAUUUGAGGGAGGUGCUCUUUCGAGUAAUCACAGUUUUUUUCUUAUUUUCUUUUCAAUUCUUUCAGUCGUAUGUAGCCACAUAAGAGCGACGCAGUAUUUCAUUGCCUCCGUGAAGGGAUCGUGUUCAUGGACCGCAAUUCCAUGCGAUGACUACCAGUCCUUCAAGCAAAAGAAAUGUUCAGCGUCGGCGUGUAAUGGUACAUGUCCUAGCAUGGGUUUCGAAGCUGACAGCCCUAAAGGCGAAGGAAAGUUCUACCUAAGUACAGACGAGAAGGAUCCAUUCUGCGGUAAGUUUUUUCCCCCAAAAAAAUAA